GCAUUCCUGUUACCUUCAUCUUUUUUACACCUCCUCCGUAUAAUCGGCUGACAUCGUCAGAAUAUGAUAGUAAAAUUCUCGAACGAUUAUUCACAAUCUUUCGAGAUAAAAUUAGUAAAAUUUAUAAUCAUAAUCAAUUUAAAGAAAAUCCAAGAAAUAUUCCAAUCAUUUUUAGUUCACUUGUUGCAAUGACCGAUACUGAUACUCUUGAGAUUCCUCUUGAAAAGCUUUCUACAACAAACAACCACCUUGAGAGAAUGAAUGAUUAUUUAAAGAACAGUCAAAUUAAGCAGUUUCAAAGAAACAAUCAUACUUUAAGAGCCAAUAUACUUUAUGUUGUCCUCGUGUGUGAGAUCAUAUCUAAUAUUUUGACUUUACAGAACCUUGCUACAAAUCUUAAAAAUGAAAAAGAAAAGCAGCAAAAAGAAUUCAAUAUAAUGGAUCCUUUGGAUCGUAAAAUUCUAAUGCAAGAGUUUUCUCAAGUUGCAUAUCUGAAAUCAAGCAAAAAAUAUGAUGAAUCUGCAAAGCGAUUACUCCAAAUGAAUAAAGUAAUAAAGCACGAAAUAGAACAAACAACUGGAAAUAUUUACAUUCAAAUUGAGUCAGAAACUAUUCCUCAGCUUAUUUACAUAACUUGUAUAUAUAGAGAAUCAACAGAUAUUUGUUGUCAAUAUCUUGAUUUUCUUCAGAAAAGAAUUGCAUACAAAUAUCUUCGUGCUGCAUCAUUUUAUAUUGAUGAGCUCUAUGAUAAUAAAUUAAAAAAGAGUAAAAGUGCAAGUUCUGUGCAAUAUGAUAGCGAUAGUAGCAGUACUACUGAUAUUAGUGAUAGAGGCAAAGAAGAUACUGAUAAUGAAAUCAAUAACCAAAAAAAUUAUAAAAAUAAUACCAAUCUUAUGUCUAACUCAUCUGAUGAUUUUUUUAAUUAUAUGGAAUAUAUUUUUAGCAUAUCCAAUGCAGACCAACCUAAUUCUAGCUUAAUGGAUAUUACUAAACUUAAUGCUGCCACUAUUCAUAAGCAAGAAUUCAAAGAUUUCCUGGAGUCUACUUCGAGAAGUCUACGAAUAUUACAAGAGAACUCAAUAAUUUUCCAAGACUUGAUUCAAUUAAAAGAUAACUCUGAUAAUUUAAAUACUCUAAUAACUUAUCUCCAUGAUAUUGUUACAUCAAAUUCCUUUAAAGAUAUGCAAAACCUGGUAGAUGUUAUAUAUGAAGACACAAAUCCUCAUAGACGUAUCACUUCUAAGGCUAAAACCAAUAUUAUUCCACUAGAAAAAGAAACUAAACAGCGACGACAUGAAUCCUAUAAGAGCAAAUAA